GAUCAGUGAAACGCUUAAACUCAAUGGCGUUGGCCAAAGUUAUUUUGUUGGCAGCUGCCCUUGGCUGUUCAGGCCAGGAUUGUUCUGGGCACGGAGUAACUUGGGGUCCCGGCAUUGGACCACCUCCUGCUGGGUGUGGAGGUGGUGGCACUGGUGGCACUGGCCCUUCUCCGCCUUCGGGUGGAACGGCUGGUUGCACAAAUCCAUCGUGCAGCAGCCCUCCCUGCGCCGCGCCCCUGUUGGGCGACGUUGGUUGCACCAGUGUGGCUGGAAUGGAGACCUACAAUCACGAGAUGCUGUCAAUUGGUGACACUAUCAGCAGUGGAGCGCAUAUCUUUGGGCCUUUUGAGGCUGGAUUUACCUCGCAGCAGGACAAUAUCAUCUCAACUUGGGGUUGUUCAACUCCUUCUGUCGUCUAUGACACCGAAGGUGGAACCGAUAUUGGCAUCGCUGAGAAGCGUGUGGCUCACCUUUGCAACAUCGAAUUCCCUCGGAUUGUAGGUAACACUUACUACGGGGUGGUUGGCCCCUGUGGUGGUCACACGAAUGACUACCACUUUCACAGAGGUUUCAGCUGCUUGUACGCUGAAUCUGGUGGUCACUCAACGAAGGUGGGAGACGUUGCUUCCCAUGGCAUCUAUGGCAAAUGGGAAGACUAUGAUUUGAAGAGGCUACCCUUGCUGGAUGCGUGUGGGGCUCAUAUUGGUCCAACACCUGACUCAGCCACCCCAGUGUACCACUACCACGUGCAAGACCAAGCUCCUUUCACUGUGGGCUGUCAUGGUCCCAGUCAGAGCGGGGGGUUGGUCAGUGUUGCCGUGUGCCGCAGCUUGUACUCCGACUGUGACAAUGAUGGCGGCAGCGGCACCACGCUGACGACCAAGACAGGCAACGUGCAAUAUGAUCGCUAUUGUCCCUGCUUCGAUGCAACUGGUUCCAACAUGGGCACCAACGUUCAGGAACUUCCAGCAUUGAGCUCCAGUGAGAUCUACUACUCAGCGGACAGCACUGCGAACAGCCAAACGAGUGGAACCACAACCACCACGACGACCACCGCAAGCACGACGACCACUACGACCUCUACGACCUCUACGACCACCACCAGCGCAGGUGGAUCCGGGACAAGCACAGCACAGAGCUCGGUCAGCUCGGCCAGCUCGGCCAGCACAGCCAGUGCCUCCACAACUUCGGCCACGGCAUCAGCGACUUCGGCGACUGCCUCCACUGGAGACACCGAUGAUACCGAUGCCAGCACUGCCAGCACCUCGUCCAUGGAAUCCACGACUUCCUUCGUGGCUGACUCGCCGACAACGGUAACCAGUGAAGCCACCUCCAGGGGAUUCGCAUUGCAGGGGUCAAUUCUGAUGGCGCUUUGCAGCUUUAGUCUGCUGUAAGCAUGGCAAUUAUAUUAUAUUAUAUUGUAAUUAUAUUGUAAUUAUGGCAAUUGCUUUGUCGAAUCUAUGAUAUCUAUGGCCUUGUUUUGUUCCUUUGGCCUUGGCACGAGCAUGUUAGCGAGUGCUAAGAUAUGCUAAGAUUUCACUUCCAGCCCAAGGUUGGAAGCCCGAGAAAGCCAAUAUCCUAGAAAAUCUUUAACGAGUCGACUUGCACCAUCUUGCACCUUUCAUUGCCACUUUUUUGGUUCAAGAAGAUUCGGAGGUUUCCUGUGAGAUAGUCGAUAGUCGAAGUUUUGCAAGCUUUGGUUUGCGGACUUUGGUGCCAUCCCUCAUGUUAGCUUUUCCAGGCAAGUGUAGUAAACACCGCUGCUUUGCGCUGCCUGCUGACAGGAGGGAUCGCAGCGAUGCACGAAAAACAGAAAAACUGCAGAUUUAUUUGCCAUAGUUAGAGUCUGUUAGAGUGCAGUGCAUGAAUUGUCGUUUACAUUCUCAUGGGUUCUAGAAGCGUUUUC